GCCAGUAGCCGGAGCGGCCGUCCAGGCGCCGCGUUUGUGAGGUGUGAGCAGCGCGGACGGGGUGCAGCCACCAGCGGCAGGCUGGCCAUGCCGAGCUCCCUGGCGCUGGACGCGCCCUGGCGGGUCUACUCGUCGCCGUAUGACCAUCUGCGGCCAUCGCAGCCCCAGGAAAAAGUGAACGUGGUGGAGGCGCUGCAGGAGUUCUGGCAGAUGAAGCAAGCUCGCGGCGCUGAGCUCAGGAACGGCGCCCUCGUCAUCUACGAGUCCGUGCCGGCCAACUGUCCACCAUACGUCUGCUAUGUCACGCUCCCAGGCGGCAGCUGCUUCGGCAGCUUCCAGAACUGCCCGACCAAAGCUGAGGCGCGCCGCAGCAGCGCCAAGAUCGCGCUGAUGAACUCGGUUUUCAACGACCAUCCGUCGCGCAGAAUAUCGGAUGACUUCAUCGAACGCGCAGUGGGCGAUGCGCGAACGACAUUUAACGGCAGCCAGGACGUCGCGGACAACCCUAACACUGGGAUCGGGGCGUUCCGGUUCAUGCUGGAGUCAAACAAGGGAAAAACUAUGCUGGAAUUCCAGGAGCUUAUGACAGUGUUCCAGCUCCUGCACUGGAACGGCUCUCUCAAGGCGAUGCGCGAGCGCCAGUGCUCGCGGCAGGAGGUGGUGGCCCACUAUUCGCACCGCACCCUGGACGACGACAUGCGCUCUCAGAUGGCGCUUGACUGGAUCGCCAGGGAACAGGAGCUGCCGAACGUGCUGAGCCGGGAGCUGCGCGCCGCCGACGCGGAGCUGGAGCUGGCGCGCCGCUCCGGCCGCGAGCUGCGCUUCCCCAAGGAGAAGAAGGACAUUCUGAUGAUGGCGCACGCCCAGCUGAGCGGCGGAGACGCCAUGUCCCUGGGCGCCGGCUGACGGAAAGACACGCUUCCUGCGCUCGUGGGUGCGGACUUGCGCGACGAGUGCGCCAUCGGCUCGGGAGAACGUGCAGUCGAAACGCGCGGAAGGUGCGCAGCCGCGACAGACCACGUGUUCCCCGGUGGUUGGCGCGCGGCCAGCGAGAGACGAGGAAGGAUGCCGAUGCGAGGGCCGACCGACUGGCGGGCGCGAGGACCGGCUGACUGGCGCGCACUAGGACCGGCUGACAGGCGGGCACUAGGACCGGCUGACUGGCGGGCGCGAGGACCGGCUGACUGGCGCGCACUAGGACCGGCUGACAGACGGGCACUAGGACCGGCUGACUGGCGCGCACUAGGACCGGCUGACUGGCGGGCACGAGGACCGGCUGACUGGCGGGCGCUGGCGACACUCCCAUGCCACGUGAGAGCAUGCAGCACAGCGCUGCAGCACCAGCGGGGAGCUUGGCCGCACCAGCGACUGGGCGUCGGAGCAGAUGUGCCGGCGGCAGAGGCACGCACUGCAAGGUCUCGCGCGCAUGUCAUGCAGUCACAUGAUCUCAGCACAGAUGUCCUCCGCCGCAGCCACCGAUUGAUCCGCACUCCCGGCGCGUUUUUUGGUGAUAUACCUGCAGCUCUACGCUGCAUUAUGAGAAGGGCCAUGAAUGCGGAUUUUCACUUGUUUUGCCUUGUUGGUCCAUUCCAACGCAUAUGACCUUGAAUUUGCGUGUUGUACAGUUGCAUCGUAAGUUAUGCCCCGAUCGAACCAUAUUUCCGCAGCAUGUGUCGGAUACAAUGCUCAAUAACGCGUUGCAGUAGGUUGCCGUUCCUUCAAUGUACUUAGUUUUUGCUCUUCUUCGGCAUCCAGAGAGAAAAUUGAUGAAGUAGCUGGCGUCUUAAGGAUAGAUUAAGUUUGCAUCAUUGUUUGUUCAUUGGUGGAGUGGGAAAGCUCUGUAAGAGUGUGUAUCAUCUGACCAACGACGUUACACCAGCGCUCUUCGGUUAUACAGCAUCACAUGGGGCGCAAAUAUCAUCCGUGAUCAUUUGCAUGGAGGCGAAGUGUCGAACUUAUUGACCGUUGGUCAGCCACGUGCGUGUGUACUACGCAAACUUCCCUGAUGACGUCUGUCGGGUGAUGAAGUUUUUUGCUGAUUACAUGUAAAAUACAAAACA